AGGAAGAAGAGGACGUCCACACACAUCACAUUGACCUUUCUGAAGUAUUCAGAAUAAACAACAAGAUAGUACUCCCUGUUAGUCUCUACAAAACAGCAGCUCAUUUGAGUCAUGGGCCGUGCCAUGUCUCAACAGGAGGGAUGGUGACAAUAAUAAAUGAACACUUCCAUACAUACAACUACAUUACAUUUUCUAAAAACUUUUGUAGAGCCUGUGUAGUAUGUUGCAGACACAAUGCUCAAGGCAAUGAGCGACCACAGAGAGGAAAGUUCCCUCCACCAACAUACCCGUUUCAACACAUGCAUAUGGACUUCAUCGAACUAACACCAUGCCAAGGGUACAAAUACUGUUUGGUAAUGAUAUGUCCGUUUUCAAAGUGGGUUGAAAUAUUCCCAGCAAAACAUGCAGACGCUAUUACCGUAGCAAAAGCCCUAUGCAAGACAAUAAUACCAAACAGAGGUAUUCCAGAGAAACUGUACAGUGAUAAUGGUUCCCAUUUUGUAAAUCAGGUUAUUACCAAACUGUCCGAACAUAUGGGGAUAACAUUAAAAAACCAUUGUGCAUAUCAUCCACAGAGUGCAGGCUUAGUGGAAAGAACAAACGGAACAGUAAAGUUAAGACUAAGGAAAACAAUGGAGGAAACAGGAAGACCAUGGGUGGAAUGUGUGUCUCUAGUAGAAACAUGCAUGAGAAUCACGCCCACGGCAAAAGGGUUGUCUCCCUUUGAGAUCAUAACAGGAAGGCAAUUCAGACUACCAAUCACAGACGAGGUGAGGGAGGAGGAUGAUGCUGAGGCAGAGACUACAUUAACUGAAUGGAUGAGCAGACUCUUCAGAAGCAAUGAGAUAGCUCGAACAAAUAACUUGCCAGACAUUUCUACUCCCUUACAGGAUACUCGAGUGCAGACUGGUGACCAGGUCCUCGUGAAGGUGAUUAAGAGGAAGCAUUGGCACUGUCCACAGUGGGACGGUCCCUACACGGUACUGCUGACAACACCGACUGCACUAAAAAUCGCCGAAAGAACUACGUGGAUACAUCAGAGCCACUGCAAAAAGAUAAUACCUCUCCAACUUAACGACGGAUAAGUGGUGGAAGUCCGGCUACAAAGGGCGGUGUUUCAUUAGGAAAUACUGGUCUCAACCCCGGUGAAGAAAACAACAGAACCACUAUCACAAAUAGACUAUGUUGGGAAAGGUGUUGUUUGUAGUGACCCUGCUGGGUCUGACGCUAAUGACUAUAAGACAAUUGAGUGAGGAAUCCUCAACAAAAGAAGAAGUCCAUCGAGAGAAAAAAUGGUCACUACUCAACGAUGUUGCAACAGACAGAUAACGGUGACUAUACUGACACAGACCCCUCUCAGAAGGACGAAUAUACUCACCUAACCUCCAAUGUGUAAGACUUAAA